CUCCUCCUCCUAGCGCAACAGCCGACAACACCAAACAAGUUUCUUGAACAAAGAAAAUGAAUUAUCCGUCAAACCCUAACCCUAAUUUCACAGAUUUCGCUGAAACUUUCGAAUUCGAUGAUUUUGAUGAUACUACUUUUCAGAUGAUCAUGGAAGAAUUCAGCCUCGAGGAUCACUCGCCCACUUUGAGUUGGACCUCCUCAGAGAAAUUACUGGCCGCAGAAGUCACAAGCCCGCUUCAAACAAGCCUAGCUACCUCACCUAUGAGCCUUGAAAUAGGGAAGAAAGAUGAGAUCAAGAAGAGGAAGAGACACAAAGAUGAUCACCAGGUUAUUCACGUGUUUAAAACGAAAUCAGCUAAAGAAACUUUAGAUGACGGAUAUAAAUGGAGGAAAUACGGCAAGAAAACGAUAAGAGGUAGUCCACAUCCAAGGCAUUAUCACAAGUGUUCGAACCCCGGUUGUAUCGUGAAGAAGAAGAUUGAUAUAGAUACGAGCAAUCCAGAGUAUGUGUUGACAACCUACGAAGGGAGACAUAACCACCCAAGCCCUUCUGUGGUUUAUUGUGAUUCAGACGAUUUUGAUCUCACCUCUCUCAACACUUUGUCUUUUCAGACACAUACUUAUAGUUAUUCACAUUCGGCUCCAUGACCAUACUUAUAAGUUUGUGUAUAUAGUGUAUAAUUGUAUAUCAUCAUAAUCACGCGUACAGCACAUGUAUCUGCAUAUAC